AUGGACAGCACUGGAGCUACAAUGCGCACACCGCGCACACGACGUCGUGAUCUUGGUAGUCUCUUGGCACCAGAGUCAUCGGCUAUAACUCGCAGUUACGAUGGCAACUCUUUCUUGUCGACGCGUGGUCUUCCGCCUCUUGCCGGUGGUAAUAUGAAAACGCCGCGCCAUUCGUACCACCAGCGACGCGCUGACAUUGCGGCCGCUGAAGUGGACGAUCUUGUCAUGAAUAUGGAAGAAAGUGCUUCGCUCUUGUACACGACGGAUGAUCUUACGCUUACUUCUACGCAACGAAAGAUCAAAAUUGGACUCUAUGGCAUCCUUAAUACUGUCAUUCUUGUACCUCUUAUGAUCAGUUUCGCACAAAUUAUCUUUCGCGAUCCCGAAUUUCAACCUUAUAUGAACGAUCUUGUCAAACUUGUGCUUGUAUCGGCUGCUGUACAUCAGAUUUGCUUCACGUGCGUUAGCUCACUCCCCUUUGCGAUGGGUCAAGUGCAAGAUGCUGGUCUGAUAUUUCUUUCAGCUAUGUGUUCGUCAAUCAUUAAGUCACUGCACGUGAGUAAAGGAGAUGAGUUUUCGAUGGAAGAAGUGUUGGCUACUACAUUAUUCACAAUGGCCGUGUCAACAGCUGUCUUAGGAGCUGCAUUGAUUAUUACUGGCAAAUUACGCUUAGCGAGUUUUGUACAGUACUUACCUAUGCCUGUUGUAGGUGGCUACCUUGCUUUCAUUGGAUUCUACGCACUUCAAGCGGGUGUGUCCAUGAUGACUACGCAGAGUAUUAAGGAACCGGCCGAUUGGAUUAAAUUGGCUGAUCCAAAUGCAUUGAUGCUCUCUGUGCCCGGUGUCGUCGCGGGAUCAGCCAUCUUUUGGAUUAAUUCGCGCUGGAAUCACAUGGGGGUCAUGCCUUGCUGCUUAGCAGUCAUGCUCUUCACCUUCUAUGGUUUGCUGUUAAUCACAGGUCGGUCGCUAGAGGAUGCACGCGCUGCUGGAUGGGUUGCUGAGCCACCUCCUUCUCCGCGAACCAUCACGCAGAUUUACGGCUUUUACAACUUCUCAAAAAUCAAUUUUUCCCACAUGACUGACCAGAUUCCAACGUGGAUUGCGAUGUACUUUGUUGUGGCAUUCUCGUCAUCGCUUGAUGUAGCUGCAGUUGAAACAGCAUUGGGUAAACCACUUGACCACAAUCAUGAACUGCAAACUGUGGGUGUCAGUAACUUGUUUUCGGGUCUUGGAGGUGGCUUUACUGGCUCUUACCUCUUCUCGCAGACCAUAUUUACUCUACGCGGCAAACUUGACAGUCGCUACGUUGGUCUAAUCGUUUUUGUUCUUGAAAUUAUCAUUGUAGUGAGCCCUUUUUCUAUUAUCGCGUAUGUGCCCAAAGUCUUUUUUGGUGCUUUGCAAAUGCUCGUGUGUCUUGACCUCAUGACCGAGUGGCUUUGGCAUGCACGCAACAAGCUUCUUCCUCGCGAAUAUGGAAUUGUUUGGCUUACGUUUUUAUCGAUGGUUUUUAUUAAUCUCGAGCUUGGUAUUGUGGUUGGCAUAGUAAUUGCUGGAUUUAAUUUCAUCUACUCGUAUGUUGCAACGUCCAGGGUACAUCGUGUCAUGAAACGUUCGCGCGUUGAGCGUGAUCUUCGUGAGCGUGUUAUGCUUCAAAAUAUGCGCAUGGCUAUUGUCACAUUAGAAUUGGAGGGAUUCAUUUUCUUUGGCUCGAGUGUCAAAGUGAUGGAUGAAGUGCGUCGUCAUGUACUUGUGACCACAACAAAGAAACAAGACGUCAAUACCUUAAGUGGUGCAUCGCCCAUGGUUCCGCGUCAUGCACCGUCUCCAUACGUGGCUCGAUCUUUAAAUGACACGUUUAACGAUGAUCUGACGACAUUAGAUUCAGUAUUUGAUGAUCAUGAGAUACAUGGUUACUCGUCUACGCCAAAGGCUGGUAACGACGAAUCCUCGAAUCUUCACGCUGCUCGUACACGAUACUUUAUUUUAGACUUUGACAAGGUGAGCGGCGUAGACGCCACAGCAGUACGAAGUUGUUUCAACGCGACUAAGGAAUUGCUUGCUCAGCAUGGUAUCAUUCUCAUUUUUGCCAGUGUUCCGACGGAUGCCGAGCGACUGCUGCGCGUCCAUGAUGUAAUUGAACAAGAAGAUGGAUCUGGUGGUGGAUCUCUUGUAUUUGAUACACUCGACAAAGCACUCGAGUGGUGUGAAGACGAGUUACUGGUUUCGAAUGGCGUGUUCCCGCUCAGUGAGUCUGCGCCAGCGAUUACCAGUAAUGAGGAAGGUCAUCACUGGCAAUUGCUUGACGAUCUCUUGCCACGUCCGGACAAAUUGCACCAAAAGACUGAUCUCGUUAACUCUCAGCGUAACGAAGACGCUGGAUCGGUGCUUACACGAAAACGUGGUGAAACGUACGUCACGUACAUGCUGAAGAAAGAGGGUGAUACGCUGUACCGUGCAGGUGAUCUUGUAAAUGGCGUCUAUUUUAUCGGCUACGGUAAAGUCGAUGUCUUUUUGCCAUCCAAAAUCCAUGAGGGCUUAGGUCCCGGCUUUCGAGGUCGCAAACGCAUUACAAGAGUGUGCCAAGGUGGUUUAGUUGGCGCAUCCGAGUUGAUUCUUCACAAGCGGCACCAAUUUUCUGCGCAGGCUCAAGCACCCACAUCGGUUUUUUUCUUAAGCAAGUCGCAUUACGCACGUAUGCAAAAGGCUCAUCCUGCCUUAGCUGCGCGCUUUCAGCAAGCUAUGCUACAAUCCAUGGCAAUUGGUGUACUUGAGUCGAACAUGACAGACGAUUAA